AUGCCAUUUGGCUUGAAAAAUGCGGGGGCGACAUAUCAAAGGCUGAUGAACAGGAUAUUCCACGACCUCAUAGGAAAAACGGUUGAAGUCUACGUGGACGACAUCCUGGCAAAAACAACACGACCUGACGACCUCCUAAACGACCUGGCAAGUGUAUUUGCGUCCCUCCGUCAACACGGUAUGAGGCUGAACCCCCUCAAGUGCGCCUUCGCCAUGGAAGCCGGCAAGUUCCUGGGAUUUAUGAUAACUCAGAGGGGGGUAGAGGCUAACCCGGAGAAAUGCCAGGCAAUACUCCAGAUGAAGAGUCCGGGCUGUAUCAAGGACAUCCAGAGGUUGGCAGGACGGUUGACCUCACUUUCCCGGUUUCUUGGAGCCUCGGCGACAAAGGCCCUGCCGUUUUUUAACCUCAUGAAGAAAGGGAUGGCGUUUGAAUGGACACCCGCAUGCGAAGAAGCCUUUCAACACUUCAAGGAAAUCCUGGCGGCACCUCCCGUUCUCGGGAAGCCAAGGGACGGGGAACCACUGUACCUAUACCUUGCCAUAACAAGCGAAGCCCUGGCCGCAGUACUGGUACGGGAGGACGGGAAAGCCCAACAGCCAGUCUACUUCAUAAGCAGGGCCCUGCAAGGGGCAGAAUUAAGGUAUAGCAAGUUGGAAAAGCUAGCCUUAGCACUCCUAACUUCCUCGAGAAGGUUAAAACAGUACUUCCAAAGUCACCAAGUUGUCGUUAGAACGGACCAAGCGAUCCGGCAAGUUCUCCAGAAACCCGACCUAGCGGGAAGAAUGAUGACUUGGUCCAUCGAACUCUCUCAAUAUGACAUACGAUACGAGCCCCGGCAAGCCAUCAAGGCGCAGGCCAUGGCAGAUUUCUUGGUUGAAGUAACGGGAGAUCCAGGCGAAGACAUGGGUACACGGUGGAAGCUCCAUGUGGACGGAGCCUCCAACCAGACCUUCGGAGGUGCCGGGAUCAUCCUGGAAAGUCCGAUUGGGGUUGUAUACGAACAGUCGGUUAGAUUCGAAUUUCCCGUCUCAAACAACCAAGCAGAAUACGAAGCCCUCAUAGGAGGCUUGGCCCUAGCAGCGGAAGUCGGCGCAAGAAGACUGGAAGUGUGCAGCGAUUCCCAAGUCGUCACUUCCCAAGUAAACGGCAGCUACCAAGCCAAGGACCCCUUGUUGCAGAAGUACUUGGAAAAGGUGAUAACACGAUUCGGGAUACCAGAAGUCGUCAUCUCGGACAAUGGCACGCAGUUUACUGACAAGAAGUUCACAGAAUUUCUCAGCGGCCUGGGUAUAAGGCAAAGGUUCUCUUCGGUAGAACACCCCCAGACGAACGGACAAGUGGAGUCCGCCAACAAGGUUAUCCUUUCAGGGUUGAAAAAGAGGUUGGACAAUAAAAAAGGUGCUUGGGCCGACGAGCUAGCGUCGGUCCUCUGGUCUUACCGAACAACCGAGCAGUCCUCCACCAAGGAAACUCCUUUCCGAUUAACGUACGGGGUGGAUGCGGUAAUACCCGUAGAGAUCGGUGAACCGAGUCCGCGAUUGCUUUUGAAAGGAGUGGAGGAAACUGUAGAAAAGGACCUGAUAGAUGAAGCCCGGGAAAUGGCCCAUCUGACGGAAACGGCGCUAAAACAAAGAAUAGCUCUGCGAUACAACACCAAGGUGCUCAAGAGGGAAUUUGAGCCUGACGACCUCGUCCUAAGGCGGAAUGAUAUCGGCCCACCAACCCCCGGAGAGGGCAAGCUAGCGGCAAACUGGGAAGGUCCCUACAGAGUCAAAAAGGUGAUGGGAAAAGGAGCCUUUAAGUUAGAAAGGCUCGAUGGCAAGGAGGUCCCGAGGACAUGGAACGCGGACAACCUCAGAAGAUUCUACUCCUAG